AUGGAGGUUGUAAAGGAUAACUUUGAAGAAGCUCUUCAGCUUUUUCAAGAAAACCUUUUUCAAAGCGAAAUAGUAGCACUUGAUCUUGAAUUCACCGGCAUUCAUGGGAAACCAGAACAAUACAACGAUAACAUGCCAGAAAGAUACUCAAAAGUCCGAAGAGUCGCAAUGAAUUAUGAGAUCAUUCAAGUAGGAUUGUGCCUUUUCAUUCGCAAAGGUGAUAUAUGGGAAACAAGACCGUUUAACUUCUAUGUGUUUCCAGAAGAUUCAGGUGCAAAUCCUAGAGUUACUUUAGAAGUCUCAGCAAUUUCAUUUCUCAAGGAGCAUAACAUGGACUUCAACAAAUGAAUAUAUGCUGGAUUUGAUUGAAUUGGCAUUAGAUAGUGCUUUAAUCUAAUAAAAAAUUAUUAAUUGGCUAGUUUUAUAAAUAAUAGAAUAUAAUGCGUUUAAAGAAUUUCUUAACGGGCUUGAUUUAACCAAACAUAAACGAGCAUCUGGUGAAUUCUCAUUUAUCCAUCAAUAUGAGGCACUUAUUUAAUAAAAUCUAGGCUAUUAAUAUACUAAAUAGAAUUAAUGAAUUAAGAAAUUAAAUUAUCAUAAAUUCUAAGAGUGUAAAAGGCAUAAAAAUGCUCGUUAUAAAAAUUUUGAUGUACUUUAAAUUUUAAUUAAUGAAAAUUCUUAGAAAGCGGCAACAUUUUUAGCAUGCAAGAUUUUUGCGAUUUUUGAUUUGUGUUCUCUUUUAAAAAUCAAAACUCGAUUUUUUAAAAAUUUAUGUAUAAUUUUAUUAUUAAUAGAUCUUAUUUUACUCAUUUUGGAUUUGAGCACAUCUCAAUAUUGAUUGACCAUUUUAAAAAAAUUCACAAUUUUUAAUUUUAAAUCUGACCUUAAAAAAUUAAAACUUAUAAAACUUUAACUCAAUAAUACGAUUUUUUUUAAGUUUAUUAUUAAUAGAUCUUUAUUUUUCGUAUUUUGGAUUUGAACAUAUCUCAAACAUGAUAUGCUUAUAAUAAUUUAAAAGGAAAUUUUAUCAGAAAUCUCCACUUAUAAAUUUUAAGCUAAAUUAAUAAUCAUAUGAGAAUAAAUUUAGUUUAAGCAAGCCUGCAAGAAAUAAUUUCUCAAUCUAAGAUUUUUAUUUUAGAUAUUGAAAAGAUAUAAAGCCAUUCAAUAAUAUUUUCUAUCCAAAAUACUUAAAUUAUAGGUUAAAAUAGUUUUUAAAUAUUUUUAACAAUAAAAAAAUCAUGUCUUGAUAUUAUGUGGACAGCUUAUUGGCAAAAAUAUGAGGAUAAGAAAUUAUUCCAGCAAAUUAUACCAAGGAAUCCCAUACAUGACUAUGCUACAAGAAAGCGACCUUCAUACAAAGCUAAUUUCUGUACAAGAAGAACCUACGGAGCAAUUAGUCCUUUCGAAACCUAAUGAUAUUGCCAGAAUGAAAGAAAUUGAAGAAAAUAUCAACCAAUUUAUAUCAGGAUGCGACCCUUAUAUUGAUAUUAAUGGACUAAAUGCUUAUUUAAGGAGAUAUUUAUAUACAGAACUGAGAAAAAGCUACCCUAAUAUUUUCCCUGAAAGUGUGAAAACUGAAGGAAGCAGAGAAGUUACUAUGAGGUUGCACAAGGUUGAUCCAGAAGCUGCACAAAGAAUGAAAGAAGAAAAAGAAAGCAGAAAGAAAUUUGAGUUUAAUGGAAGAAUUGGCUUUAGAAGAGUUUUUACGUUGCUAGAACAAGCUAAAAAACCAUUAAUUGUCCAUAGUGGUCUAUAUGAUUUGGCGUUUUUUAUAGAUGGGUUUUAUGGCGAUCUUCCAGAAAAAUACUCAGAAUUUAAAUCAUUGAUUCAUAUGCUUCAAUAGACUGAAUUAAAUGAUUUUGUAAGAAAAAUAAUUAUUACAUUUUUCAUUUAAAUUUAUAUUGGUAUUAAUUAUUAUUUUAUAUAUUUUAUUCCCAAUAGUUUACGAUACUCGUUAUAUCUUAGAAAGACAUCCUGGGCUCUGGGAAGAAUUUGAUCAAUCAUCAUCACUUAAAGGACUAAGCCAGUUUUAUUCAUUUUUAUGCAAAAACGAAUUCAGAAAAAUUUCUCUUGCAGAAGGGUUUGAAAAAUAUCGUGAUGAAAGGUAUGCUCAUGAAGCUGGAUUUGAUGCACUAAUGUGUGGGACUUGCUUCCUAUGGCUAAUAGAAAAAAUUGGCAACUUAGAAGGGUAUAGAAAUUUGCUGCCAGCCUUUAAAAGCUUUUUUGCAAUAAAUUUGGAAGGAGAUGAUCUUAUUUUCCCUGAAAAUUAUUAUUAUUUUAAAGGUGCUGACAUCAAAAAAACCUUUGGGGCUUUAGAAGGAUUUUCUUGGAGAUACAUCAAAGACGAUGAAUGUUUCGUUCAAAGUGUGUCAGAAGAAAAAUUGACAGAAUUCAGAAGACGAGCUGAAGGAAACAACUGGACACUUAUUUCAAUCCAUAACUAUUUUAAUUCUAAAGUCGCUGAGAUCUAA